AUGGAAAGUAUAGCUGUUCUUAUUAAACACUCUGGUAGAUGGACAUAUGAACAACAAUAUGAAGAUUACACCAGUGAUGCGAUAUUGUUGAGCAUAAACUCUACGUAUGACCAACUUUACACAGUACUGGCUACUCACAUUGAUGUUGAUUUGACGUACAAGUGUAUUCAAAUCGAAUAUCAACUAAUAGAUAGUGCAGGGCAAAUACGUAUACGUAAUGACAUGGGUUUGAAGGUCUAUAUUAUGCAGAAAAAGGAAUUGAAGGAUAUUAGUAUUUUGCCUUUGUAUGUAAGUAUUUUUGAGAAGGAAAAUUUUGGCACAUUGAUAUGUUCAUCGUUGAGUAUUGGCGAACCUAUGAAGAUGUCUGUCACUGAUAGUAGCUUGGUAAAUACAAGUACUGAAAGAGCGUUAACUAUUUCUGCUUCAAAUGAAUGUUUGGAUACAUUUGAAAUGGAUACAACUAGAGUUAUUAUCUCAGAUCCACAUCACAAACAUAUUGAGGUUGAUCAAGUUUAUAUCUCGAAAAGUGUAUUAAAAUCGGUAAUGAAAGAUUAUACAAUUCGAGAGAAGUUUCAAUCACUAUCUGCAAGAUCUAGUAAAACAUGUUAUACAUUGCUGUGCAGAUCCAGAAAAUGUGAAUUUUUAUUCCGUGCAUCUGCUAUCGGCGAAUCUACAUUGUUUUAUGUAAGAGAAUUUUUACCUGAACAUACCUGUCCAAUCAAAGAUAAGAUUUAUCCUAAAUUGCAUGAUACUAGUAAGUUGAUUGGUGGUAUAGUCAAACCAAAGUUUAAAUGCCACAAGAGGAAAUACAGUCCAUCCAAUAUCAAAAGUGACAUGAAGGAAGACAUGGGUAUGGAUUUAACAUAUAUUAUGUGUUGGCGAGCUAAGAAACAAGCACUUGAAGAUUUAAGAGGAAAACCAUCAGCAUCGCACGGAAAACUACCUGCAUACAUACAUGUGUUGAACACAAGUUAUCCAGGACAUAUAUUUCCUUUGGCUUAUGAUGUACUGGACUCUAAAAAUGAUGCAUCUUGGAGGUGGUUUUUUGAGAAUUUGAAGGAAGCAUACGGUGAAAGAAAAGAUAUGUGUAUCGUUUCUGAUUGUAAUGCAAGCAUCAUAAAAGCUGUCAGUGACGUGUAUUAUGAGAUACCACAUUAUGCAUAUGUCUUCUAUACUAUGGGAAAAUCAUAUUUGAAGAGUGAAUUUCACAUGUUAAUGGAGAAAGUGGAGGCAGUUGAUGCUAGAGUGAAGAAUUACUUGGAAUUGACUGGUUACGAUAAGUGGGCUAGAUCGUAUGCAUCCGUUCAUAGAGGAUGGACUUUGACUUCAAACAUUGCCGAGUUCAUUAAUGCUGCACUGGUUUCAGCUAGAGAACUACCAAUAUAUGAUUUUCUGGAGGAAGUUAGAUUGAUGUUUGGAAGAUGGAACUGUGGAAACAGACAGCAGGCGUUGUAUACUUUUACGGAUCUUAUUGGUAAAUUUCAAGAAAUUCUUCAACAGAAUGAAGCGGAGUGUACACGUAUGAAGGUUAUACCUGCAUCAGAGUACAUCUAUACAGUCCACGAUAAGGAGAAACAUUUUAUUGUUUGUCUUAAUGGAAAAAAAUUUCUUGAUAACAAGAAUUUCAAGAAGGGGCCAUAUUGCUCUGAUCUAUACAAGCCAAAAACCGUCCUAAGAACAUAUGAUCUUCCAAUUUAUCCACUACCACACAAAGAUGACUGGGUGAUUUCGAAAAAAAUUAUGGAUGAGAUUGUUCUGUCGCCAAAAUACAAGCGACCCCCCGGAAGACCUCCGAAGAAGGAUCGUGGAAAAUCCAGACGAGAUAUGUUUGAAAAGAAGAGCAAAAAUUAUUGUAGUUCAUGUGGUUUAAAAGGUCACAAUAGGCGUUCAUGUAGGAAAUACAACAAAUGA